AUGGGCAGCCAAGGGCAGUUUCCACUUACACAGAACGUCACGGUUGUUGAAGGGGGAACAGCAAAUUUGACCUGCAGGGUCGAUCAAAAUGAUAACACCUCCCUCCAGUGGUCAAAUCCAGCUCAACAGACACUGUACUUCGAUGACAAGAAAGCUCUGAGGGACAACAGAAUCGAGCUGGUCCGAGCUUCAUGGCAUGAACUGAGUAUCAGUGUCAGUGAUGUGUCUCUGUCGGAUGAAGGGCAGUACACCUGCUCUUUAUUUACUAUGCCUGUCAAAACUUCCAAGGCUUUUCUUACCGUUCUCGGUGUUCCUGAGAAGCCACAAAUUACUGGAUUUACCUCACCAGUUAUGGAGGGAGAGAGGAUGCAGCUAACUUGCAAGACAUCUGGUAGUAAACCAGCAGCUGAUAUCAGAUGGUUCAAGAACGACAAAGAAGUUAAAGAUGUUAAAUAUUUAAAAGAAGAAGAUGCAAAUCGUAAAACAUUCACAGUCAGCAGCACACUGGAUUUCCUAGCAGAUCGCAAUGAUGAUGGUGCAGUUGUAAGUUGCAGAGUAGAUCAUGAGUCUCUAAACUCCACACCUCAGAUAGCAAUGCAGGUUCUAGAAAUACACUAUACACCUUUAGUUAAAAUCAUUUCUUCCAAUUCAUGGCCCGAAGAAGGACAAUCUAUAAUUUUGACUUGUGAAUCCAAAGGAAAACCAGUGCCAGAACCAGUACUGUGGACAAAGGACGGUGGAGAACUACCAGAUCCAGAGAGAAUGGUUGUUAAUGGCAGGGUCCUAAGCAUCAGUUUCCUAAACAAAACAGACAAUGGCACAUACCGAUGUGAAGCAAAAAAUCCUAUUGGCCGAAACAGCACAGAAUAUGUCCUGAUAGUACAUGAUCCAAACGCUUUGGCUGGACAGACCGGACCUGACCAUGCUCUUAUAGGAGGAAUAGUGGCUGUAGUUGUCUUUGUAACACUAUGUUCUAUAAUUCUCCUUGGUCGAUACCUGGCAAGACAUAAAGGAACAUAUUUAACAAAUGAAGCAAAAGGAGCUGAAGAUGCACCUGAUGCCGACACAGCCAUUAUCAAUGCAGAAGGCAGCCAAGUCAAUGCAGAGGAGAAAAAAGAGUAUUUCAUUUAGAUGCAGAGCUAGAAUCUUGGAGUUUUACUUAUCAGGCUGACUGCUGGAGAAAACUGGCUAUCAUUUUUCAGAAUUCAUUUCUGCCAUCUUCUGCUAUCUUUAUUAACUCGCAUACUUGCUAUAAGUAGCCAGUUUAUGCCAACAAUCAGCUGUUGACAUCAUCAUUCUAUAAUUACAGUAUCAUGCGUAAACCAGGACAUUUCUUAUUGCCUAAAAUUCAUAUCCACUGCUCUCUUAACAUACAGUGCUUGAAUAUACAGCCUUAACAAUGUUAAUCAUCAUCUUAAUCCAAGUUUUCUACAUUUUUAAAUGUUAUGCAGCUUUCUUCUUUUUCAGUUUUCUUUUAUCAUGUCCCUACUAGUGUGUCAUAGAACGAUAUUCAUAACAAAUACUAUUAGGUAAGGACCUAAUUUACUUACAUAAAAUGUUAAGUCUAAGAUUAGAGGUUUACAAAGAAUGUUUUAUACAUGUCUAUCUAUAAUUCAAAAAGCAACUUGUUUUUGAAACAUAUGCCCUAGGAAACACAAACUGGAAUGUUUUUAGUGUAGUUUCUUGUAUGCUUGGAUUUGGUGGAAAAAAACUAUCAGUCCACUGAAUUUUUUGUUUUGUUUUCCUUUGUUUUGUUAUGUUUUAAAUGGUACCUUGACAACAGUGCCAUGUUUCAGUGAUAAAAACAUGCUGAAUAGCUAGCUAUACAGAUUCUGCAAAGUUAGAUAGUAGUGCUUCAUUUGAAACAAAUUUGUCCUGCCCUUUUACUGCUUUUUGGGAUCGCAAAGAUUAGAGAACUUUCUGAGUAAUUUCUGGUUUUAUAAUUUAUUUGCUUCACAUGAACUCACCUGCCUACUCAAAUUCAAAGUGUUCAUGGGGCACAACUGCAAGGCAUUUUAGUAUCUGUAUAUAGUGCAUAUAAUAAAUUCAAUUAAACAUUAUUUGAUACAUAUUUAACUUUUUUGGCAGUAGCUAAGUCAGUCACAAGUAAGCAUUUUCUAAUGUCCAUUAUAUCCCUUUAGAUAUGACUCAAAUCAAUAUUCUGAGUAGAUAACAUGUGUUAGUAUUUUUUUGUCUGUAUGUCCUAGCACUGUUCAGCAGCAAACUUUUCUAGUUCUUGUUAAUUUUUUCUUUGUUAUACAAUGGAAGCACAAUGUUAUAUGGAAAGGUAGUUUUAAGCUAACAACCAGUGCACAGCCUCAGGUUUUAAAUUACAACCACAUUUGAUUACUAUCCUUAAAAAAUACUAUUGAGUUGCUAAAAUUCUCAAUUUUUAAUUUGGCAGUUCCAGAGCUGCUUCUCUAUGUUGGUUUGCCAAAAAAAAAGAAAAAAGAAAAAAAAAGAAAAAAAUAGAAGUGUUAAAACAAAAGAUAUAUGUUUUGUGUAUACAGUAAAUGGACUAAUUCUUUAUAUUAAAUUCCUGUCUAUGCAUUUUGUGAGGUACAAACUUAUGUCACCGUGAAUGAUAGAGAAUUCCUGCCAUGCUUUUAGCUCCACAGUGAAAGUCUCUGUUUGGAUUAUUUCUGAAAUUUUUUGUGUAAUUGACAGCUGAAAAAUCACAUGCUCUUAAAUAUGACAACAAAACACUGUAAGCCCAUUGGCUUAUUUCCUCUUCCAAUGAAAUAAAAAGGUUGCCGUAACAGCUCUUGGAAAUGAUUCUACACUGGAGAACGCAAGUUAGUCUAGCUGGAGCUCGUCUUGCUCCUAAGUUUUGCACCUUUGACAAAAGAGUAUUUCUCUCUGGUUGCUGUACUCGUGAAGCCUAAAAGCAUGAUGGUCUGCUGUAAAGGACUUUCUCCUGGGAUUUUAUUUUUGUGUGGGGAAGGGAGAGUUUGGAAUACGACAUCAUGUAGUAUGGUAAAAUGGAAGAUAAAGGUGCUGUGUCAGAUUAUUUAUCAGAAGAGUAUAAACCUUUUAAGGACAAUAUUAGAGUAUUUUAACUGUUUUUGUUGAAACAUUUAUCCUGCUAAUUUCUAAGAAAAAAGGGUGACGUCAAUCAAAGCAGCACUUUUUUUCAAAAUAUACAGACAUAAAUAAUAUGAUGUGGUUGAGUGUUAACAUAAUAAAUCAUAUACAGUAUGACAUUUUAAAGAAA